AUGUUGAAACUGAGUCAUGCUUUUCGAGACGUACGUCAAUUCUCCUGUUCUGUUAUUGCGAAAGUGAAAUGUGCGUCAUGUUCCAUCAAACUACAAGAUCAGGAUCCUAGUAAACCAGGGUACUAUACGCAGCCAAAAAAAAAACCCAACUCAAGAUUAAAUCCUGCUAUCCAAGACCUGAAGUAUUUACUGUUCAGUCAAGACAUACAACUCUCAAAACAGGCGAUUCAACACGAUCCAGACCACAAUACCAAGGGAAGUUUGCCAUCGAGAGUAAUUUGUAAAAGAUGCAGUAAUGCGCUCCACCAUAACGAUUAUAACUCUGAAGAAUUCCCUGAGAGUACACUAGAUGAUGUCUUGAAUUAUGUUCCCAAAAACUCAAAUGUUAUGCAUAUCGCCCCCAUUGUAGAAUUCCCUUUACACUUGAACCCUAAUAUUAUGAAACGAAAUGAUUUAGAUACAACACUAGUGUUGACCAAAAGCGAUCAACUUUUUAAAGACAAAAACGCUGUUAGCAAAAAGGUCCCUAUAUUCAUGAAACAAUUUUUAAAGUAUACUUUAAGGAUUGACUCAAAUAAAACAUUUGCCAUAUCUGCGCUGAAAAAAUGGAAUAUGUCCAUGUUUUACAACUACUUUAAAAACUAUACAUAUUUGUUAGGCAAUCCUAAUGUUGGUAAAUCGACUUUGAUCAAUACUCUUUUACAGAAAUAUCUUGGAUAUAAGGUUAAAAUCGAUUCUACUGGGCAAAUUAAAUCCCCUUCUGAGGAAGUGAUGCGAGAAGCUUUUACUAACCCGAAGAACUUUUUCAAGGUUCAGGCUGCUGGUGUAUCGCAUAUUCCGAAUUUAACUAGAUCCGUACAAGCCUAUCAAGUCGGAGGUAAAAUCCUUUUUGAUUUACCAGGCUACUCAACUUCUACCACCAGACUAAGCUUAGAAAAAGUAAUCGAUGAUCAUUGGCUUCAAAGACUGCGAAAGACAGAUUUAUUUAAUCGUAAACAUGUAAAACAGAAGAAUUAUGAGUCUAUGAAGGGCACACCACAGGGAGGUUGUUAUACUGUGGGAGGAAUUUUUUACUUGGUACCUCCAAGAGGGUCCAUAAACCAAAUAGUGAAAUACAUACCAGGACCAUCAAAAAAAUUCAGGAACAUGGAAAAGGGUAUUGAGGUGUUCAAUUCGUGCACUUCAUCAUCAGGUGCACAUCCAUUAUCACAGUACUGUGGAAUUAAAAGCGUGCUAUGCGACAAAAAACAAUACAAAAGGUAUGCAAUCCCUCCGUUUAUUGGGAGUAUAGAGAUCAUCUUGAAAGAUAUAGGGUACAUUUUGUUACGAACGACAGGGAAAUAUGAGUUUAAAGGACUUCAUGAAAUAUGGCUACCACGGGGUAUCGAGGUUGGUAUUAGAGAACCACUAGAAAACUUGAUUGAAUCUGGUUACCAGCGUUAUAUUGAAACAAAUGGUAAAGAAUCAAGCUGUCCUAAAGACAGACCCGUCAUCAGUUCUCUAUAUGAGGUGGAGUCGGAUGAAGCAGAUGUUCUGAAUGCAGUAAAAAAAUCGUAUUUAGAGAAAACCGAGAAAGACUUAUCUGCUAGAAGAUUUGUUGACGAUGAUCCUUAUGAUUUGGUUCAAAACCUAGAAAAAAAAAAGAAUCCAUAUUGGUACUAUCAAUGGUAA